AUGUCCCUCGCAAGAUAUAACCUUCGGUUUUUAGGCACUAGUGAUUCAGAAGACACUAGGGGUAUCUAUGCCACGUCCGAUGGAAUCGGAAACCAAAUCAAGCUUCAGCCUCUUGCUCCAGACCUGCAGGAGCAACAAACGUGGAAUUUUCUCCCAGGCAACAUAGCGGAAGACAAAUACAGAGUUGUUUUGGACUCUGACGAAAGGAAAGAAUUAUCCUGGGGCUACGGAGAGUUCCAAGGUAACGGGCCUAUCCUUCUAUCUGGAUCGGAUGAAUCGACGGGAAUAUUUUUUCUGAGAAAAUCAGAGCACCAAGAACAGAACGUUUACACCCUUACUUUGGAUGUGGAUCUUGUGGGAGCCGCCGCUUACGCGGGAGUCAAAGACGAGCGCUUGGAAAUAACGAUGUUUCCAAUCACACCCGAUAUCUGUCCCCCUCUAUGGAAACUCGAACGGCCGUAG